CACACACACACACCCGUCCCCUGAGUCAGCACUCGCCUGUCAAGGAGGGGUGGGGUCACAGGAGCGCCUCCUUAAAGCCCCCACAACAGCAGCUGCAGUCAGACACUGCCACCCUCACCAUGAGCCUCUGGCAGCCCCUGGUCCUGGCACUCCUGGCACUGGGCUGCUGCUCUGCUGCCCCCCAACGGCGCCAGCCUACCCGAGUGGUCUUCCCUGGAGACCUGAGAACCAAUCUCACUGACAGGCAGCUGGCAGAGGAAUAUCUGUACCGCUAUGGUUACACUCGGGUGGCAGAGAUGCGUGGGGAGUCGAAGUCUCUGGGGCCUGCCCUGCUGCUUCUCCAGAAGCAACUGUCCCUGCCCGAGACCGGUGAGCUGGACAGCGCCACGCUGAAGGCCAUGCGGACCCCACGGUGCGGGGUCCCAGACCUGGGCAAGUUUCAAACCUUUGAGGGCGACCUCAAGUGGCACCACCACAACAUCACUUAUUGGAUCCAAAACUACUCUGAGGACUUGCCGCGGGCGGUGAUUGACGACGCCUUUGCCCGAGCCUUCGCGCUGUGGAGCGCGGUGACGCCACUCACCUUCACUCGUGUGUACAGCCAGGACGCAGACAUCGUCAUCCUGUUUGGUGUUGCAGAGCACGGAGACGGGUAUCCCUUCGACGGGAAGGACGGGCUCCUGGCACACGCCUUUCCUCCUGGCCCCGGCAUUCAGGGAGACGCCCAUUUCGACGAUGAAGAGUUGUGGACGCUGGGCAAGGGUGUCGUGGUUCCAACUCAGUUUGGAAACGCAGAUGGCGCCGCCUGCCACUUCCCCUUCACCUUCGAGGGCCGCUCCUACUAUGCCUGCACCACCGACGGUCGCUCCGACGGCGUGCCCUGGUGCAGUACCACGGCCAACUACGACAACGACGGCCGGUUUGGCUUCUGCCCCAGCGAGAGACUCUACACCCAGGACGGCAAUGGGGACGGGAAACCCUGCCAGUUUCCAUUCAUCUUCCAAGGCCAAUCCUACUCCGACUGCACCACGGACGGUCGCUCGGACGGCUACCGCUGGUGCGCCACCACCUCCAACUAUGACCAGGACAAGCUCUACGGCUUCUGCCCCACCCGAGCCGACUCUACAGUGAUCGGGGGCAACUCGGCGGGGCAGCCGUGCGUCUUCCCCUUCACCUUCCUGGGUAAGGAGUACUCAUCUUGUACCAGCGAGGGCCGCGGAGAUGGGCGCCUCUGGUGCGCUACUACCUCGAACUUUGACAGCGACAAGAAGUGGGGCUUCUGCCCAGACCAAGGAUACAGUCUGUUCCUCGUGGCGGCGCACGAGUUUGGCCAUGCGCUGGGCUUAGAUCACUCCUCAGUGCCGGAGGCGCUCAUGUACCCCAUGUACCGCUUCACUGAGGAGCCCCCUUUGCAUAAGGACGACGUGAAAGGCAUCCAGCACCUCUAUGGUUCUCGCCCUGAACCUGAGCCACAGCCUCCGACCACCACUACACCGCAGCCCACGGCUCCCCCUACGGUCUGCCCCACCGGACCCCCCACUGUCCGACCCUCAGAGCGCCCCACAGGUCCCCCCUCAGCCGGCCCCACAGGUCCCCCAACUGCUGGCCCUUCUGCGGCCACUACUGUGCCUUUGGAUCCGGUGGACAAUGCCUGCAAUGUGAACAUCUUCGACGCCAUCGCGGAGAUUGGGAACCAGCUAUAUUUCUUCAAGGAUGGGAGGUACUGGCGAUUCUCUGAGGGCAGGGGAAGCCGGCCACAGGGCCCCUUCCCUAUCGCCGACACGUGGCCCGCCCUGCCCCGCAAGCUGGACUCAGCCUUUGAGGAGCCGCUCUCCAAGAAGCUUUUCUUCUUCUCUGGGCGCCAGGUGUGGGUGUACACAGGCGCGAAGGUGCUGGGCCCGAGGCGCUUGGACAAGCUGGGCCUGGGCGCCGACGUGGCCCAGGUGACCGGGGCCCUCCCGCGCGGCUCGGGGAAGAUGCUGCUGUUCAGCGGGAGGCGCGUCUGGAGGUUCGACGUGAAGGCGCAGAUGGUGGAUCCCCGGAGCGCCAGCGAGGUGUACCAGAUAUUCCCCGGAGUGCCCUUGGACACGCAUGACGUCUUCCAGUACCGAGAGAAAGCCUAUUUCUGCCAGGACCGUUUCUACUGGCGUGUCAGUUCCCGGAAUGAGGUGAACCAGGUGGACCAAGUGGGCUACGUGACCUAUGACAUCCUGCAGUGCCCUGAGGACUAGGGCUCCCAUCCUGCUUUGGCAGUGCCAUGUAAAUCCCCACAGGGACCAACCCUGGGGAAGGAGCCAGUUUGCUGGAUACAAACUGGUGUUGUGUUCUGGAGUGCAGGGAGGAGUGGCGGUGGGCUGGGCCCUCUCUUCCCACCUUCCUUUUCUGUUGGAGUGUUUCUAAUAAACUUGGAUUAUCUAACCUUUA